CUGCUGUGAGGAGUCUGAGGGCGGUAGGGGGCGCCCACACCUGCCAAUGGAAAUCAACGGGAACCGCAGCGACAGUGAUGAAGUGAGAAGAGGAUAUGUUUUCGCUGACUGGUCGCCGUCACUCAGCCAGAAUUCAACAGACAGUCGACUUGGGUUAGGAAACAACUGCAAAAAAGAGCCCUAUCAAAGAGGAACGAAGAACCCCCACGCCCUACAAUAAAAGAGCAGUCGCAGAUGCAAGGUCAUGUCGUAGCCAGUGUUCUCCAUUCUCCCAGCUCGUCAGUUUCGCAGCCGCAGCCUGUCCAUUUCACUCAGCUCUCGGCAACAGCCUGACACAGAAGCCAACCGGAACAACAUGCUGCUGCUGUCUCGACCUGACCGCGAAGAUGCAAGGAGCUCCAACAUUGCCUGGGCAUUGAUUUGACUGACUAGGCGGUAUGAAAUAAAAGUCAGCAGAGCAGCAAAGGACAGACAUCAUUUGAGCCCUGCUGAAAGGUCAACUGCAUUCGGUGUGACCGAGGACAUUCAGGAUAACAUUGUCUCAGUCUGUCUCAUGUGAAUCAAUACAUCUGAGAUUGAAGAUGAUGUUCUACAGCGAAGGCUUCAUUGGCUAAGUGGAAAGGAAACUGAUGAUGAGCAGGAAAUAAAAUUUGAUACAUUAAGCAAUCAGAAAUGUUGUGCCGAAGACUGCGAUAUUUUAGAUACAGGCAAUUUCGAUGGGUGCUGACAGGAAUUUUCUGUUCAAUAACCUUACUAUUUCUUAUAAGACGUGACAAGAGUCCUGUGAAUGAGCACCAAAAUUUGGAGCUUGUUGAAGAGGACCCCAGAUAUUAUGUAAAUUGCACUGGUGUUAUCAAUGGAGAUGAAGAGUCAAUAAAACUGGCUAAACUUCAGACACUCUCAGUUAUAUACAAAAAACGUCUUGUGCUGAAUGAGAAAGAUUACAUAGACAUGACCAAACAUUGCUCCAACUUCACCAGAUUACAAAGGUAUAUCACAUUUCCACUUAGCAAAGAGGAAGAAGAAUUUCCAUUAGCAUAUUCAAUAGUAAUCCAUCACAGGAUUGACAUGUUUGGAAAACUUUUACGCCUGAUAUAUGCACCUCAAAAUUUUUAUUGUAUUCACGUUGAUAAAAAGUCAUCUCCAACUUUCUUGGAUGCAGUCAGGGGCAUAGCCUCCUGCUUUGACAAUGUUUUUGUUGCCAGCCAGCUUGAAAAUGUAACCUAUGCAUCCUGGAGCAGGGUUCAGGCCGAUGUAAAUUGCAUGAAAGAUCUACUUCAAAAGAAUUCAACAUGGAAAUACUUGAUCAAUCUUUGUGGCAUGGAUUUUCCCUUAAAAACCAAUUUGGAAAUGGUGGAAAAACUCAAGGCUUUAAAAGGGGCAAACAGCUUAGAAACAGAGAAGACUGCACCACAUAAAGAGAAGAGAUGGAAACACAGUUUUAAGGUGGUGAAUGGGAAAUUAAAGGACACAGAGACGAAUAAAAAUGCUCCACCAAUUGAAACACCAAUGUUUUCAGGAAGUGCCUACUUCAUUGUCAGUAGACGUUUUGUGGAAUAUUUAUUUAGAAGCCCUAAAAUACAAAAGUUUAUUGAAUGGGAAAAGGAUACUUUCAGUCCAGAUGAACACAUGUGGGCAACACUGCAAAGAAUGCCUGAUAUGCCUGGAUCAGUCCCUGUUAAUAAUAAAUACGAUACCUCCGACAUGAACUCUUUAGCAAGGCUAGUAAAAUGGAGUUAUCUUGAGGGUGAUAUUUCCAAAGGAGCACCUUAUCCACCUUGCACUGGGGCACAUGUCCGUUCAGUAUGUGUAUUUGGAGCAGGGGAUCUGAAAUGGAUGUUGCAGCAACAUCACCUAUUUGCCAAUAAGUUUGACACAGAAGUCGAUGGAAUUGCACUGCAAUGUUUAGAGGAGCAUCUAAGACAUAAAGCUAUUAGCAAUCUUUUAAGUUAUACUGAGGCAUGAUCUUCCUAAAGAAAUAUCUCAAUUUGGGAAUUCUCAGUUCUCUAAACAGAAUGGGAGACUGCCUGUUUUUCUUCAUAACUUAGUGAUCUACAAACACAUUAUAAAACAUGUAUGUUAGAAGCAUUCAGGCUUGAUAUUGAAUGUAGGAGUAUAAUGCUGAGCAAAAUCUAAGCCAAGAGAAAGCAUUCCUGCUCCUCUACCCACAAGCUAUUUUGUAAUGGCAAUUUCCUUGACCUCAUUUCCCUUGAGGCCUAGAAAAUCUGCCCAUCCAUGUUAAACCCACAAUGCGUGAGAGUCGGAGCCCCAUGUAAUUAUUAAGUGGACAUCCUGUUUCUUGGGUACUGGGACAACUGUUCAUUUGUUGUCCCGCCUUUACUGGUAAGUCGAGAUUGAAUGUGAGAUUUGUAAAACACCUCACAUUGAGUAUUAGGAGUACCCCAAUUCAUCCUGCUACUGAAUUUAAAUUGCAGAUCGAUAAUUAUGGAGAAAAACAAUCACAUUCCUCAGUUUCCUUAAAAGAGUAAGUCCACCAAAUUUGCCAGGCUGGUACUGGUUGAUGGCUCAUAAAUGUACCAGGCUACAUGCUAGAUUAAGUUCUUUAUGUAGUAGAAGACUAGUUUUUUAAAAGCACUGCCUCUGUGUUCAAUGAACAGUAUGUAUGUGCACUUCCUUGCCAAAUUAAAAUAACAUUGAAUAUUUAAAGGAGAAAACUUCAGGCCAAGUCAUUAUUAUUAUUCAGCAGGACUAAAUGCAAAUUUGCAUUAUUGCUUUUUAAAUUAUAUAGGUUGUAAAAAAGAACUAGUUUAAAGCCACUUAUUUUCAAAAACAUCAAUAUUAUAUUCAGCAAACUAACUUAAUGGCACCCAAUAUUGUCUGGAAAUGUGAGCCUCAAUUGUAAUCUGGCUCAAUUCAAAUUUAAUAAUUACAAUUUAUUUGCAUAUAGGGUAUU